AUGGCCAUCCAGCAUAUUGAAAUGUCCAUGAGACCUGGAGGUAUCCCGCGCACUCACAUAGCAGCACUUGCGGUAUCUGUAAUUGGUGUAUUGGUGGUGCCAACUAUCGGACUAUUAGCUACGUAUAAACAGCACUUUGGACUGGCCACUACAUUUGCACUACUACUGACCGUUACAACUAUUACCGGUGCCAUAGGUCUACACAACCAAUUUGUUAUGCCGUUUGGAAGUACACCGGCAUUAUAG